AUGGAAGAACAAAGCGAGUUCAAAUUCCCAGCAUUCCCAUACAAACCCUAUUCGAUUCAGAUCGAUUUCAUGAACGCUCUCUAUGAUUCUCUCAAUAAAGGAGGCAUCGCCAUGCUCGAAAGCCCCACCGGGACUGGGAAAACCCUAAGUAUCAUUUGCAGUGCUCUGCAAUGGCUGGUUGACAGAAAGAGACAACCAAAGUCCGAUGCUACAGCUGAUUUGUGUUUGAAACCAAAAUAUGUUGAUCAAUCUGCUUCAGAUGAUGAACCUGAUUGGAUGAGAAGCUUUGUGAUGAACAAAGACAAUGAAGUAUCACCAGAGAAGAAGGUCAAGGAGAAGAAGAAACUAGGGUUUAGAUCAAAGAAAAACAUUAAGAAAGAAAAUCAAGAACGUUUUAGAGACAUAUUUACUCAUACAGAAGAGGAGGAAGACACUGAUAACAAAGAGAAGAAUAAUUUGAAGGAGAAAAAUGGGGCAGAGGUAUUGGUGGGUGAGGAGUUUUUAGUGGAAGAAUAUGAGAGUGAGGAGGAAAGCCGUGGGCAACCGAAGAGGAAGGCUGGUGGAGUUUCAAUUAGUUCGUCGAGUGAUGAGAAAGAGGAUGAAGAUAGACUCGAUGAUGAGGAGGAAGAGGCACAUUUAAAGAUUUAUUUUUGUAGCCGGACCCAUUCACAGCUAUCUCAGUUCAUAAAGGAGUUAAGGAAGACUUCACUUGCUAGUGAAUUGAAGGUUGUUUUGUUGGGCUCCAGGAAAAUGUUCUGCGUCAAUGAAGGGGUCUUGUUUUCAGAGGUGUUGAAGCUUGGGAACUCCACUCGCAUAAAUGAGCGAUGUUUGGAGCUUCAAAAGAAUAAGAAAAGUGGAGUUUCUAAAAUGAAGGACUUGGGAGCUGGAGGAAGAAUACGGCGGACCAAGGCUUCCACUGGUUGUCCGAUGCUUAGAAAACAUAAACUACAGAGACAGUUUAGGAGUGAAAUCUCUCAACAAGAGCCUCUGGAUAUUGAAGAUCUUGUACAUCUUGGAAGAAGGAUUGAAACGUGCCCUUAUUAUGGCUCUAGAAGCAUGGUUCCCACAGCUGAUCUUGUGGUUCUUCCCUAUCAAUCUCUCCUUUCAAAAUCAUCUCGUGAAUCACUUGGUUUAGAUUUAAAGAAUAAUAUUAUUAUUAUAGACGAGGCUCACAAUCUAGCUGACUCUCUCAUCAGCAUGUAUGACUCGAAAAUUACUUCUUCACAGUUGGAGCGAGUGCAUUUCCACUUAGAGAGGUACUUUCAACGAUUUCGGAAUCUCUUAGGACCAGGAAAUCGAAGAUAUAUUCAAACUCUGAUGGUGCUCACUCGGGCUUUUUUAUGGAUUUUUUGUAAUGAGAUCAAGGACUCUUUAUGUGAUGCUGAAGAAUUUUCUGGAGCAAAAAAUUCGUUUGAUUCUUCCAUGACCAUCAACGAAUUCUUAUUUUCACUCAAUGUUGAUAACAUAAACUUGUUUAAACUGUUACUAUACAUCAAAGAAAGCAACAUUAUACACAAGGUCAGUGGGUAUGGAGAUAGAGUGGCUAGCUUGCAAAAAGAUUUAACCUUCAAAGACUCUGUGGAAAGUAGUGAGGAGGGAAGCACUUUAUCUGGUUUUCGAGCAUUGAUUGAUAUGUUAUUGUCACUGACAAAUAAUGAUGGUGAUGGACGAAUAAUAAUUUCAAGGACAAGGUCAACCUUCCCGGGGCAACAAGGAGGAUACCUGAAAUAUGUCAUGCUCACUGGCGAAAAAAUCUUUUCUGAGAUUGUAAAUCAAGCACAUGCUGUCAUACUGGCUGGGGGAACUCUACAACCAAUAGAGGAAACAAGGGAGCGACUGUUCCCUUGGUUGCCAUCAGAUCAAAUGCUUUUUUUUUCGUGUGGUCAUAUAGUCCCUCCUGAGAAUAUUUUACCAGUUGCAGUUUCUCAUGGGCCUUCUGGUCAGGCCUUCGAUUUCAGCUACAGUUCCAGAAGGUCAUCAACCAUGAUUGAGGAGCUAGGGCUUUUGCUUUGCAAUUUGGUCAGAGUGGUUCCCGAAGGAGUUGUUGUGUUCUUCUCUUCAUUCGAGUAUGAAGGACAUGUCUAUGAUGCAUGGAAGGCCUCAGGUGUUCUUGCGAGGAUUAUGAAGAAAAAGCGUGUGUUCAGAGAGCCUAGACGAAACACAGAUGUGGAAGGUGUCCUCAAGGAAUACAAGGAUACAAUUGAUGCAUUAUCUAGUGCUGAUCUAAAAGAUAAUCAAGUUCCUGACAAUGGUGCAAUUCUCCUUGCUGUAGUGGGUGGGAAAGUCUCCGAAGGUAUUAACUUUAGUGAUGGGAUGGGUCGAUGCAUAGUCAUGGUUGGACUACCAUACCCUAGUCCCUCUGAUAUUGAGUUGAUGGAGAGGGUGAAGCAUAUUGAGGGGUUUAGUGAUACAACUUUAAGUAGAGCCCCCAAGUUUUUAGUCAAUGAUGAAUGUCGCAGUGGGGAUGCUCAAGCUGGGUUCAACAUUCUAAGAAGUUGCAAGGGCAGAGGGAAAGAGUAUUAUGAAAAUCUUUGCAUGAAAGCCGUUAAUCAAUCAAUUGGUAGAGCGAUCCGACAUGUGAAUGAUUAUGCGGCCAUCCUGUUGGUUGAUGCACGCUAUGCAUCAGAUUCCUCAAAAGGAAGCUUUUCUCAACCAACGAACAAGCUACCAAAGUGGAUUCAAAGCCGUCUUAUUUCUAAAACAGGUAACUAUGGAGAAGUCCACAGGUUACUGCAUCAGUUCUUCAAAUUCAACAAAAAUAGAGGGGUUCAGUAGAGCAUUUUACUUAGUUUAUAUAAGCAGAAAAGAAACAACAUUGUGUUAGAUACGAAUUCAUAAAUGUAUUUAGCAACAAAGUGGGUAUUUAUUACAUACCCAAUAGUCUGAUUGGAGUUGUUGCCAGGAAGAUAGCAGGGGGCAGAAGCGAUAUAUCUGUG